ACUCACAGGCAGGGGGAAUUGCUGUAGGAGCUCCCCUCCUGCCAUGCAUAUUCAUUGGAAAGCCCGUUUAGCAGCUGCAGUACGACGUAGUAGGGCCGCGUAAGCAAUGAUGUAGGAGAUCGUGAGGGACUAGGGGGAGGGGAGCGCGUGAGAGGCGCGCUAGCGAGGGAGGGAGGGAGGGAGGGAGAUGCAAGCAGAGCGUGAGCAUCUCUUCCUGGCAUUCAAGCUGUCAGUGGAGGAAGACGGAGAAAUUCAACAGCAAUAUCAACCCCGCGCUCUUGAGAAGCAGCACAAGAGUUACGAAUCCCAGGCGACCCUCACCUUUACCCAGAGCUUAACCUUCACUAGCCAUGAACUUCCUACGCCGUCGCCUCUCUGACAGCAGCUUCAUCGCCAACCUGCCCAAUGGCUACAUGUCGGAUCUCCAGAGGCCUGACCCACCUCCACCACCUCCUCCCACUGCUGCCACCAAAACCCCCGCCGGAGUGACUCCUGCCCCAUUGGCCCCUCCGGCGGACAAGUCCCCCACCGCUUCUCCAGCCCCCGAGCGACGGCCACAGCCCGCCCAAUCCAGCGGCUCGGGGUUCUUCAGCUCCAUCACCAACGUGAUGAAGCAGACCGCCGCCUCUGCGGGACUGGUGGAGCAAAGUCCUGCGGUGGUGUCGCGGAAGUUCAAGAUCCUGCUGGUCAUCGACGAGCCCCAACACGAGUGGGCAAAGAUAUUUCGUGGGAAGAAGGUCCAAGGCGAUUAUGAUGUCAAAGUUGAGCAGGCCGAGUUCUCGGAGAUCAACCUUGUGGCUCAUGCUAAUGGCACAUGCAGUGUGGACAUGCAAGUGAUCAGAAAUGGAACAAAAGUGGUUCGGUCCUUCAAGCCUGACUUCGUCUUGGUGCGACAGCACGCUUAUAGCAUGGCACAGAAUGAAGAUUUCCGCAAUAUAAUCAUCGGGUUGCAUUAUGCCGGGAUCCCCAGUGUCAACUCGCUGGAGUCCAUUUACAACCUCUGUGACAAGCCAUGGGCUUUUGCUCAACUGAUCAGCAUCUACAAGAGACUGGGAGCAGAUAAAUUCCCUCUUGUUGAUCAGACGUUCUACUCAAACUACAGGGACAUGACUGGAUGA